CCCACAACUGCCAAUGACAGAAAAGGCAAGGCUACUACUGGGUUCACUAACUUCAACCCGUCUGGGACGGACAUGGACUUGGUUGUUGCGGAAGUGGAGGACAAAUCCGAGCUCACGAGGCUCCAAUGCCCUCAGUGUGACCGCCGACCGGAUGGGUUCAAUUCCGUAAAGGACCUGGGCAGCCAUAUGGUAGGGGUACACCGUCGCAAAAUUAAAUGGGUUUGCAGUGUGCUCGCACAUUGCAGGAAUUGUUCAAGCAAAAAGCAGUACGGGGCGUACCAUGACGUCGUUGCGCAUUUAAGAAGGAACCUUUCCUUGAGGGUGAAGCAGCCGAGGAAAGGUCCAAAGCAGAAGCAAGAAAAUGAAGCCACCGAGGCCGGGGAACAUUUGCUUGCACAGUUUAUUGGUUUUGAGUAUGUUGACGGCGCUGAACACAGUGGCAUGACUGGGACCGGGAUUCAAGGCUUGUAAUAUCAACAAGCUGCGUUCGUGCCUUCAUGGCCCUUUGUUGAAGAUUCCCCAAUCUACAAUAUCGACAAUAUCAACCCCGUCUCCUGGAACGAAGACAUCAACGCCUUCUUCUGGAAUGAAGACAUCAACGCCUUCUCCUUCCAAGACCCUUCACAGCUUCAGAUACCACCAUAUGAUUCGUCUUCGCUCAUACCGUAUCCCCUCACCGCUCCGCUUGAUCAUUCCUCAAUUCCUGCUCCUUUCUCGGGUCUUCCGGCACACCCUGAUACAUCUUCGUCCAUGCCGUACCCCCUCACCACCUCUAUUGAGAAUUCCUCAAUUCUCACUCCCUCCUCGCUGCCAUCAAGUACUGUUUCACCCCAAAAACUCCGGGUAAUGGACUUAGCACAUCCACAUAUUCCUAUGAUCCAGCUUCCUUACAGGAUCCUGAGGAUGAUGCUCUCGCGUGAGUAUUCCCUAUGGA